GUGGCAAUCGAAAGUGUGUGACGCGCUUGCAACCCUUGCAUUUUUUUCGCUUGCUUGUAGGUUAAUUGAAAGUAUUUUUCUUGCAAAUAAAACGUUUAUUGAGCUGAGAGUGCUCCAGCAAACUGGCGACAAUGGCGGGCGGCAACACUCCGCGUGUUAUACAGGUGACCAACAUUGCGCCGCAGGCCACCAAGGACCAGAUGCAAACGCUGUUCGGCAACAUCGGCAAAAUUGAGGAGAUCCGGCUCUAUCCCACCAUCCGGGAUGUCUCGUGCCCUGUGCAGUCGCGCAUCUGCUAUGUGAAGUACACGGAGACGACCAGUGUGCCUGUUGCCCAGCAUCUCACCAACACGGUGUUCAUUGAUCGCGCCCUGAUUGUAAUACCCGUGCUGGCCAUUCCCGAGGAGUACCGCGCCCUGGAGAUGCUCAAGAACGGCACCAUAGUGCCGGGUCUGCAGAAGCCCGACUCGAAACUACCGCCUGAAGUGAUCAACCGCAUCGAGGGCCAGCUGCCGCAACAGGUUAUCAAGACCUAUGACCCCAAGCUGGUGGAGUUCAAUCUGCCAGAGUAUCCGGCCCUGCCCUCGUUUUACGAUGCUCGCAAGAUCGAGGAGAUCCGCCGAACCAUUAUUGUUUGCGACGUGAAGAACGAGUGGCGCUUGGACGACCUAAUGGAGUGCUUCCAGCGUGCCGGAGAGGUUAAAUAUGCGCGCUGGGCAGAGAAGGAAAACAAGACCUUCUGCAUGAUCGAAUUCUGUGAGCAGACGAGCAUCAUUCACGCCCUACGCAUGCAGGGGCAGGAGUUCAAGGGCGGCUACCUGAGUGUCUAUCAUGCGACUUACUGCAUCACCAAGCCCGAGGCCAAGUCCAACGAGGCGGCACAGGCGGAGAUCGAGGAGGCCAUGACCAUUGUGAAGGAGGCGCAGAGUAUGAUAUCGGCCGCUAUUGAUCCAGUGAUUGGCAUGCUGGCCAAGGACAAGCGUCGCCGUUCACGCUCCCGAUCUCGCUCUCGUGAUCGCCGCACCAGCCGCUCUCGCUCUCAUCGCUCCACGUCCCGUAGACGCUCACGUCGCUCGGGCUCGAGGGAGCGACGCAGUGGUUCGCGCUCCAGGCGCUCUCGCUCCAGGGGAAAGCAUUCGUCCCGUUCCCGUAGCAAGCGCUCCAGAUCCCGUCACCGUCGCAGCACCUCCCGUUCGCGUAGAUCACGCUCCCGUGGGGGCAAACCAUCACGGACGCGCGGCAAGCGCUCUAGGUCCCGUCAUCGUCGCAGCACCUCACGUUCCCGGCGCUCCCGCUCGCACGGCGCCGGCGGCAGCACCAGCAGCAAACGCUCUCGUUCCCGUGAGCGCAGCAAGAAGUCGCACCGAGAGAAGCGCUCCUCCCGUUCGCCCAGGUCUCGCAGCAAACGCAGCUCGCCCUCGCCACCACCGGUGAUCGCCCUAAGCAGCAAGAGCCGUACAAGCCGCAGCAAAGAUGUGUCCACGGUUGUCGUCAAGACAGCCUCUUCGGUCGUCCGGCGCCGCGAACGCUCUCGCACACCCGAGGUGCCAGUGCGCAAACUGAAGGUCAUCUCCGAGGAUAUAGAGGUGAAGAGUUCGCGCUCCAGCGCCGAUUCCAAGUCGCGCAAAUCGGUGAGCGUUGAAAAGUCGGACAACAUGGAUAUAUCCAACUCCCCCUAGAGCAUAGAUAUAUAUGGACCGCACAACAAUGCAUAAUAAAUUACACAUUUAAGUAAUCCCCCAAAAUAAUAUGAUGUCAAGGAUGGGAUAACCUCCCUUCCACUUUCUUUCUGAUUUCCCAUCAAGUAUAAAGUAAAAUUUAGAACUGCGGCAUUACGUAUUUGUAUCCCUCACUCGAGAGCAGUCAUU